AUGGAAAAGAAACGUUUGCUAGGAUCUAGUGAUUCAGACGAUGGCUUCAGCAUUUACUCUCAAAAGCUUUCCAAAAAGAAGAGAAAAAGUCAUGUUAUCGAUUUCAAACAAAUAAUCAAAGUAAUAAAAAGUGGCAAAGAAGAUGAGAUUAGGAAACUAUUGAGGAAGAGGAACCUUGAGCUAGCAGUAAACAACGAGGAAGAGAUACUUGAAUAUUUAGAUGCUCCAUUACAAGUUGACUUCCCAUUGCAGAAGUUCAAACCAUCAGAAGUAAAAUUAAUCAUCACCAACAAUCUUCAUUCUGACAAGGCUCCUGGUUGCGACCUCAUAACUGAUGGAAACGGGUUGUCAGUACUACAUGUGGCAGCCGCUUCAAACAACAGGGAUGUGCUAAGUUUGCUGCUUGAGGAUGAACGGUGCUCUGAACUAUUGAACUCUCAGGACAAAGAGGGUUUCACACCACUCCUAGGGGCGGCAAUGGUAGGAAGUUAUAGUACUCUGGAUCUACUGUGUGCCCAGGGAGCUGAUCCUUACAAGACAAUCCUUAAAUAUGGCAACAUAAACAUUCUACACCUAGCCGCUAGACGGUCGGAUAGCAAAGCUGCACAGAUAGUUUUGCAAUACAACUCAUCCCCAGAACUAAUCAACGCAUUAAAUGAUAAUGGAGACACUCCAUUGGUAGAAACUGUUUAUCUUAAGUCUAGAGUGUUGCACCUUCUGCUAAAAGUCGGAGCAGACAUUGCCAUUAAAAACCCAGCGAACGGUAGGACAGUGCUGCACGUCAUAGUUGCCCACAACAGAUUGGGUUUGCUUAAAGAAAUCUUACAUCAUCCACAAAUUACUGAGGAUUUUGCUGAAUUUAGAGAUAUAAAGGAUGACACUGCACUUUUAAUCGCAGUCAAGCUAAAUAACUUUGAAAUGGUAAGAUGCCUGCUAAACCGAUUUCAAAACUUGACUGGUUUUAAUGACAUUGAUCAAGAGUCAGUUUUUCACAUGGCUGUCCGUCAGGAUAAAGUUGAUAUAUUGAAAGCGUUAUUAGAUUCUGGUUGUAUAUAUUGUUUAGACUAUAUGGAUAAAAGUGGGAGAACACCCUUGUUGUACGCUGCCGAGCUGAACAGGGCAAAUUGUUUAAAGGAGCUGAUUGAUAAUGGAGCGGAUUAUAACUUGAGAAAUCUAAAUACUGGGGAAACAUUUAUUCAUGUUAUUGCAAAAUAUUUGAGUCAUUCUACUCUUCCUUGUGUGAUGAAUAUUUACGAUGUCACUUGGUUUUUUACCCAAGUAGAUAGCCAAGGUCUAGCAGUCAGGAGUGGGAAUGUCGCAGAGCUAGAUGGAAAAGUCUACCAGCAUCAUCAUCAAGCUCACUUCUUAUACAUGAUUGAGUAUUGGUUCAACAACAAAUUUUACUGGUGGCUUUUGAAGAAAGGGAUUUUUACAGAAAAGCUGAAGAGAUUUCGUGAUGAACAAAGAAUAAAACUCAAUGUAGGACUCUAUGACGAUGAACUAAAAGAUGUAGUCACAGAUUUUUCUAUUCGUCAGUUCCGAAGCAUUAUUUUUCAACAAAAUAAAUUGAAGACAACCAAAUUCUCAGAAAGCCUUGAUGAAGUCCUUUUUAGCUGGAUCAACGAUAGAACUAGCACACCAAGUCCCCAAUCUCUCAUAGACAGGCAAGCUAAGUGGGAAGAUGAAAACUCUGAUCUAAGUGUAGAUAUUGAACAGUAAACAUAAUGUCCAAACUCACUGAUUAAUA